GUUGGUUUUCGUUUCUUGAUUUGAAGGCUUGUACUUCUAAAGGACAGUGUUAAUUCCAUCGGCAACUGUCCAAGUACUUCCCUUUUAGUGCAUUCACGUGCCUUAUCGCUCCUUAUCGUCACGCGAUCUCCAAAAAAAUGCGGAAGGCUCUUCAACCUGAUUCGAGUCACGACAAAAGAAGUCGCGUAUUUUGAAUAAAGACAUUUUUCUUCCAUCCACAUGUUUUCCCUUUCUGCAUUCAGACGCAGUCCACUUCUACGAAACCUCAUCACAGUCACGAUGGAGUCCAAGAAAAACCCAGCCAGACGGCAUCCAUACCGUGGCAAGAAGGCCAUGGGAACAAACGCAGCCCCUCGAAAUGCCCUCAAUACAGGUGCAUCAGCAUCGGCUUCUCCAGCUCCCCCAAUACGAGUCUCAACUCCUCCUCUCACAGCACCAAUUCCUCUCGAUACUCCCCGAUUUGCAGACCUCGCAAAUGAAUCUUUACUCCAUCCUAUCCUGAUCAAGACGAUCACGGAGGAUCUCAAGUUCGACCAUAUGAUGCCCGUACAGGCAGCUACACUCCACGACCUCCUCGCAAAGAGAAUCGAUUGUUUGGCACAAGCAAAGACCGGCACAGGAAAGACAAUUGCGUUCCUCUUACCUGCCAUCCAAACAAUGAUCAACAAGAACCACCGCGUCGGAUCAGGAAUCUCCCUACUCGUCAUCUCACCAACUCGAGAACUGGCAAUGCAAAUCGCGAAAGAAGCUACGGCUCUCCUCCAACGCCUCCCACAAUACAAGGUCAGCUUCGCAAUCGGUGGAACCAACAAGGACAAAGAAGAGAGGAGCAUUCUAGGCGGCUGCGACAUCCUGAUCGCCACCCCAGGAAGACUCUACGACCACCUCAGCGACAGCCGCGUCGUCGACGCCUUCCGCAACCUCGACACCCUCGUCCUCGACGAAGCCGACCGCCUCCUCGACAUGGGCUUCCUCAACUCCCUCAAAGACAUCGUCAAAUGCCUCCCCGACAAAGAGAAGUCCAAGCGCCAGGGCAUGCUCUUCUCGGCCACCAUCGCCCCCCACGUUCAGAAAGUAGCAGAGCUCAUCCUCUCCAAAAACUACAAGUUCAUCUCCACCAUCCCAGAAGGCGAGCUCAACACCCACGAGCGCGUCCCGCAGCACCUCGUCGUCGUCCCGGAAUUCAAGGACGUCGCGCCCGCGCUCGUGGGCUCCCUUCGCUCAGAGAUAAAGAUGAAUGGUGCUCCGACGUUCAAAGCUAUUGUUUUCGCACCUACAGCCGCACUCGCUGAUUUCUACGGCGAGAUCCUGGAGAAGCUCCCUGGUAUGCCUAAAGUCAGCAUCCUGCACUCGCGCGUCAGCCAAAGCAAACGCACCAACGUAACGAACACUUUCCGCGAAGCGAAGACCGGUAUCUUGGUCGCUACCGACGUCGUGGCCCGCGGUAUGGACUUCCCGCUCGUGACGAACGUCUUACAGGUUGGUAUCCCCUCAGACAAGGAGUCAUAUGUCCACCGUCUUGGACGUACAGCUCGUGCUGGUGCAGAAGGAAGAGGAACAUUCAUUGUUACAGAACCAGAGACGUUCUUCUCAACAUGGACAUUGAAGGAGAUCAGCUUUGAGCCAGUGGCUGCGGAUAUUUCUUCCAAGGCGGAAGUGUUGGCUAUUGCUGAGAAGAUGGAAAACCAUGCCAAGACGUACCAGGCGUGGAUGGGGUACUAUAAGAAUCAUCUGAAGGGAUUAAAGUGGGAUAACCACAUGCUUGUCCUGGAGGCGAAUGAGUUUGCGAAGUUUGGAUUGGGUGCACCUGAGACUCCUGGAAUCGCUAAGAGUACGAUUGGCAAGAUGGGAUUGAAGGGUGUCAAGGGUCUAACUGUUGUACCUGAUCCUCCGAGGGUCAACAGAGGUGGCCAAGGUGGACGUGGCGGUGGUGGAGAGGGACGUUCUGCUGGCAGUGGAGGUCGUGGUGGCCGUGGCGGUGGGCGUACUGGUGGAUUCAACUGAAAUCAAUUUAUCUCCUUGAGAUUGAAGGAGCUGUACGAUGAUGAGAGGGAUUUCCGGCACGAUACAGGAUAGAGGUGCUCUAGACUUUGGUUUCCUUGAUUGUACUAUAGAAGUUUCCUUGGUCCUUUGUUUUGCAUUUGGGAUAUGGUGUGUAUAGAGAGAUACCCAUAGCUAGUACAGUACAGCGAAGGCGCAGAAUAGAGGUCGGACAAUCAAUUGAUAGAUUCCUUCUUGACACACUAGAUAAGCUGUUCUCGUACGCUGCCGAUGAUUGCCG